AUGAUGCUGUCCACUCUUCGAGUUGCGAGCAGGCGAGCUGUCGCCCUGCGCCCUGCGACCCUGAGGCUCACCAGCCGUGCUGCCCUGUCUACCUGGAUCAACGUUCCCCAGGGCCCUCCUGUGAGAUGUAUUACCGAAGCCUUCAAGGCCGACAAGUUCGAGCAGAAGAUCAACCUCGGCGUUGGCGCAUACCGUGACGAUGCUGGCAAGCCUUACGUCCUCCCCUCGGUUCGCGAGGCCGAGAGGAAGAUUGUCGACGCCAAGCUGAACAAGGAGUACGCCGGCAUCACCGGUGUCCCCGAGUUCCCCCCUCUGGCCGCCAAGUUGGCCUACGGACCCAACCAGUCCGUCCUCGACCGCGUUGCCAUUACCCAGACCAUCUCCGGCACCGGUGCCCUGCGCGUUGGUGCUGCCUUCUUGCAGCGCUUCUACUCGGGUGACAAGAAGAUCUUCAUCCCCAACCCCUCGUGGGCCAACCACAAGGCCGUCUUCAGCGACGCCGGCCUCAAGGUCGAGACCUACCGCUACUACAACAAGGACACCAUCGGCCUCGACUUUGACGGCCUGAUUGCCGACCUCAAGGCUGCUCCCCUGGCCAGUGUCUUCCUCUUCCACGCCUGCGCCCACAACCCUACCGGCGUCGACCCCACCCCCGAGCAGUGGAAGGAGAUCUCCAAGGUCGUCAAGGAGCAGAGCCACUUUGCUUUCUUCGACAUGGCCUACCAGGGAUUCGCCUCCGGUGACACCGACAGGGACGCCUUUGCCGUUCGCUACUUUGUUGAGCAGGGCCACGACAUUGCUCUGUGCCAGUCGUUCGCCAAGAACAUGGGUCUCUACGGAGAGCGUGUUGGCGCCUUCUCCCUGACGACGGCCGACGCCGACGAGAAGAAGCGCGUCGAGUCCCAGCUCAAGAUCCUCAUCCGCCCCAUGUACUCCAACCCCCCCAUCCACGGCGCCCGCAUCGCGUCCGAGGUGCUGAGCAACCCCAAGCUGUACAAGCAGUGGCUCGGCGAGGUCAAGGAGAUGGCCGACCGCAUCAUCACCAUGCGCGCCCUGCUCAAGGAGAACCUCGAGAAGCUGGGCUCCAAGCACGACUGGUCGCACAUCACCAGCCAGAUCGGCAUGUUCGCCUACACCGGCCUCAACGCCGAGGAGAUGGAGAAGCUGGCCAAGGAGUACUCCGUCUACGCCACCAAGGACGGCCGCAUCUCCGUUGCCGGCAUCACCAGCUCCAACGUUGGCCGUCUGGCCGAGGCCAUCUACAAGGUCAAGGGCUAA